AUGACACUCUCCUUUAAUUCCUUAAACACAUUAAAUGGCAUUUCUAUAACACAUUCUUUUUAUCAUCCAUCGACAAGAUUAAUUCUCGCCUUAAAGACAAAAACUUUCACUGUAUCAUAUCACUGUUUAAAAGUUUCAAACAUCUUACAAAGCACGAAGAAUGCGAAUAUCAACACUUUGAAUUCACAAAUAACCUCGGUGACUACUCCCGAUUCAUCAACAAAUUCAACUACUACACCUAAUUCACAAAAUAUUACAUCAUCAACCAAGAUAAUAUUGAAUUUUGAGGAGGAUCGAACCGUAAAAAAAGAUGAAAAUUCUAGAAAGCCAGCAUCGAUAGAUACUAUAAUAAAAAAUUCAUUUGUUAAAGAAAAUGAUGUCCCAUGGACUGGAGAAGAAGAUUUAAAAGAUACAAUUUUACGUAUGAUCGUUGACAAAUAUCCUCCAUUGAAAGUCAAACGGGAAUCUGUUAAAGAUUAUAUGGAUGCACAUAGUUCCAAAUCUCAACAUAAUAACUUGACUAAUUUACCCAAUUAUUUAAGUAAUCAUUCAAUAAUAAUAAAAUCAAAAGGCAAUGUGGAUUCAUCUGAUAAUAAGUUACAAAAAAAGAAGGAAAAACUCGAGAAAGUGCGAGAAAGGAAUCAAUCUCGCAUAAUAAAUGCACGAGAAGCUGCAACUGACUAUGCAAUCGGUAAAAAAUAUGGUGAUAAUAAUGAACAAAAAAAAGAUAUAUUACCAAAAAGCAUUGCGGCUUGGAAUUCAAUUGUUGAACAACGUAUUCAAGAAGCGAUUACAGAGGGUAAAUUUAAGAAUUUGCAGUAUCACGGAAAACCAUUACCCUUGGAUGAGAACGAAAAGAAGCAAGGUGCUGCACCAGCAUGGAUAGAAAGUCAAAAAGAUGUUGAGCGAGAAAUAUCAUUGUUCCGACGAAGAAUGUUAGAAA